ACAUUGCUGCGACAGCACUUAUUGCAUUUUUUUUUGCAAUGAACAUUACUAACGCGUCUAUGUUAUGGUUGUAGAACACUGCCCUUCACAUGUUACUAUCGGUACUACAACAACCAUGCUCGCACAGGCGCAUUGCGGCGUGAGAUAUUUGCUAAGCGCAGCGCGGUGGUUUCGCCUGGCUUGUGUGAUCGGACUCCGGAGAGGGCAUUCCUGGCAACGUUUGCGAGCGAGAUAGAAACAAGCAGUCCACUAUAUUGUUCGAUCAAUGUUUCCCCCCGGAUUGGGGAUUUCUAACGGGAUAUAAGUUCGUCGAAAGUGCGAGAACGUCGAGAGGCAGCAGAGCUGUGACCCACUUCCCCCGUCCCCGCCUCACUGAUCCCCUGAUGCCCUGUGAGUCAACACACACGCGGACCACGCCCGAUUCACCUGCACAGCUGACGCCAGGAGGAGAUCUGCCCAGAGCCUGAGAGAAGAGAGACAUCCUACUGUGUAACUGGGCAUAUGACAAGCAGGGUCUCACCCUCCCAGUGAAAGCGAUGUGUGUGGGAGGUGGAGGCCACAGCAUCAGCAGAGUGUGUGUGGGGCUCCUCUCCCACUCCCCUACCCCCCACCCUGGCACGGGAUGCCAGCCCACUUCCCCCCUGCCUUCUGUCCUGCCCUGAGCUCUCUUGGGGCGCCAUGAACACCUACAGAGAUAGAGGGGUCACCUGCACCUCCUCAGACCUGCUAGAGAGGGGUGGAGGGGGAGGGCCUGGGUCACUCCUCGCACAACAUGCCACCUUCCACCUCACCCUCAACGGCCACCCUGCCCCCUCCUCUGACCCAGCCACCCAAUCCCGUGUCUCUGUUCCCAAGAUGGGCGUCCGCGCCCGUAUUGCUGAGUGGCCGCCGCGCCAUGCGCAAUCGAGGGAGUCGCUCCUGGAGAACGGGCAAGGCGCUAAUCACCAUGGAGACGACCCCUCCACGACGACCUCCUCCGCAUCUUUCCCCAUCUCCGAGGUCGGGCUGGUGCGGGGAGGAGUGGCUCGUUUACCGAGGCGACGCACAAAGGAUGUGGAGUUCCGUGGUGGGUACGGGGGUGGAAGAGGGUCUCCCGUAGGCCUGCGUGCCUUCCCCCCGUUACGGCAGCGCUCCAACAGCGAGGUGACUCUGAGCGAGCAGGAUGAGAACGAGGUGGAAGGUCGUGGAGGUGCUAAUCUGUUCCGGGAGUACGGCAGCACCUCCUCCAUCGACGUGCAGGGCAUCCCCGAGCAGAGCUUCUUUGACAUGCUCAGCCAAUUCCACCAGGAGAGGCCCGACCAGCGCAGCACUGCCCCCGUACACCUGGGGGAGCUACUGUACACCAACUCCCCUCCCUCUGCACCCCUCCCCACAGGCCACUCCCCCAUCCCCACACCCCGGGGGGAGGAUGGAGGGAUGGGACGGUCGGAGAACAGGGUGAGGAAGAAGAGUGGGGGGACAGACUCGUCUCUGGGGACAUCCUCUCUGUUCCGGAAGCUCCGCAGCUCCAGCAGAGGGGAGCUGGACAGAGGGGAGGCGGGGGAGGACGGGGGAGGCCGUAACUCUACAGAUACCCCCUACAAACCCUGGGUGUGCCCCAAGAGCUUUGUCCACUACGACGCCCAGAGCAUCCUGUUUGACCUCCAUGAGGCUGCUGCUCAGCGCGCGUAUGUAUCCCAGCGGAGGAACACUGCCACCGGGGCAUCGGCGGCCUCCGUCUCCCUGGCUGUGUCACGGUCCUCAGCUCUGAGUGGGUUGGACGCUACCUACUCCAGCGUUGAGGACCUGACGCUAGGUCUCGACCCCAGCGCGCCCACUCCCUCCCUGGGCGUGGACCCUCUGGACGGCCCCCCCGGUGGCCCCACCUCCAGUCUGCUCCUCCUCAGCUGCCCCCACUUCCGCAACGAGACGGGGGGACACGGGGAGCGCAACGUCAGCUUCCUGAGCUCCUCGGCCGAGCGGGGAGGGGAGGGGGGCGCGGGUGACCUGGCGAGGGGCAGCCUCCGGCGUAGCAACGCCAGUGUGUCGGUGGUGGAGGUACCCAUCGAGCAGCAAGUCACCCGAAUAGACAGGCUGAAACUCUAUAGCAUCGAGCAUGUGGACCUGGGGGCACGCUACUACCGAGACUACUUCCACGGGAAAGAGCACUCAAACUACUUUGGCACGGACGACAAGCUGGGUCCGGUGGCUGUGAGUAUCCGCAGGGAGAAACUGGACGACACUAAAGACCUGAAGGACCAGUACCAGUACCGCAUCAUCGCCAGAACCAGUGAGCUGGUGACGUUGCGGGGGUCCAUCCUGGAGGAUGCGGUGGCCUCCACGGGAAGGCACGGCACGGUGCGGGGUCUCCCCCUGAAGGAGGUGCUGGAGCAGGUGGUCCCGGAGCUCAGUGUGUCCUGCCUGCGCCUGGCUCUCAGCACGCCCAAGGUCACCGAGCAGCUCCUCAAACUGGACGAACAGGGGCUGAGUCAGAAGCACAAGGUGGGAGUGCUGCUGUGUCGGGCAGGGCAGAGCACCGAAGAGGAGAUGUAUAACAACGAAGAGGCCACGCCCGCCUUCUCUGCCUUCAUGGACCUGCUAGGGGAGCAGGUGUACCUCCGAGGCUUCACCAACUACGCCGCCCAGCUGGACACUAAGACUGACUCGACGGGAACCCACUCCCUGUACACCACCUACCAGGGCUAUGAGGUCAUGUUCCACGUGUCCACCAUGCUGCCCUACAUGCCCAACAACCCACAGCAGCUCCUGAGGAAGAGGCACAUAGGGAACGACAUCGUCACAAUAAUCUUCCAGGAGCCGGGAGCGCUGCCCUUCACCCCUCAGAACAUCCGCUCCCACUUCCAGCAUGUGUUCGUCAUCGUCCGCGUGCACAACCCCUGCUCCGACGGCACUUGCUACAGUGUGGCUGUGACGCGCAUGAAGGACGUGCCUCCCUUCGGCCCGCCCAUCCCCAGCGGGGUGACGUUCCGUGACCCUGAAGCCUUCCGCAACUUCCUUUUGGCCAAGGUGAUCAAUGCAGAGAGCGCCGCGCACAAGUCUGAGAAGUUCCACACCAUGGCCACGCGCACACGACAGGAGUACCUCAGAGACUUAGCCGAGAACUGUGUGAGCAGUACGCCGCUCGACUCCGCGGGCAAACUCAACAACCUCAUCUCGCUGGCGUCGAAGAAGAGAGAGCGGGCGCGGGCGAGGGAGGGGGCCGAGUUGGGAGCGGCCGGGGCGGUGGCGUGGAGGGUGCUGGCCCAGGACUUCAGUGGCGGCGGGACGGAGAUCUCCUGCGCUCUGGGCGUGUCGGCAGAGUACAUCCUCCUGGCAGACUGCAACACCAAGGAAGUGGUGUUCAACUGCUUCUGCGUCGACGUGAUCGGCUGGACGCCGGAGAGGCUGGCGCUGAAGAUCUUCUACGGGAGAGGAGACCACAUCGCCGUCCGAGUCCCCGAGGGCUUUGCUCAGGACAUCAGGGAGGUGGUGCAGAGGUUAAAGGCGCUGACGGUGGGCUGUGAGACGGUGGAUAUGACUCUGAGGAGGAAUGGCCUGGGACAGCUGGGGUUCCACGUCAGGCUGGAUGGCACCGUGGCCGAGGUGGAGGAGUACGGCUUUGCCUGGCAGGCGGGGCUGAGGCAGGGCAGCCGGUUGGUGGAGAUCUGCAAGGUUGCCGCGGUAACCCUGACACACGAGCAGAUGAUCGACCUACUGAGGACGUCGGUCACCGUUAAAGUGGUGAUCAUACCGCCCUACGAGGAGGGAGGGCCCCGCAGGGGCUGCACAGAGGAGUAUGAGAUGAAGACAAUGGAGCAGAAGCCAGAGCCUGAGCCUGUGGCAGCAGGGUACCGGCCCUCCCCUCGCCCCCCCGAUUGGCGCUGGGACAGCACCGCCGGCCCUCCUGGCCUGCACAGCGCCCCCACCCUCAGCGCUGGACCCCUAUGGGCCCCCACCACCCCAACCCCGCUCACACAAGGCCAUGGUCAUGCCCGUCCCAUACAGGGAGCCCCAGCACCUCUCCAACAAGAGUUGAAACCGAGAUUCACCCAUGACGAGCACACUUCUCCAGCAUGCCGAAGGCCGGUGAGUUUCCCUGAGAACCACUACUGCCUGUCGCCAGCGGGGGGCGACAGAGUGCUGCCCUACAGGAACCCCUCAGCCAGCUUCUCCUCCCCCUCUGGCCUGGGGGGCAUGGUGGCCCUGGGGGGCCCCGUACUCAGCGGGACCUUCAUACGCUACAAACCCUCACCUGACAGGUACGGUUCAGCCCAGCGCCCCUUGCUGGCCUACGAACCUCAUCUCAGUCUGGACAUCACCUCUAGUGGAGAGUCCUCCUCGGGCUUCACCAGCCAGGACAGCACUAUGGAGCGCUGCAAGACAGAGCCCCUAUGGCAUGUCCCAGCGUCAUCGUCUCGGGGGCCAGGAGGAGGAGGGCAGAGGAGACCCACCCGACAGGACAUCCCAGGGAAAGACUCCCCCAACAGACACUCAAAGGGUGAGACCCAGUACUCCAGCCACUCCAGCAGUAACACUCUCUCCAGUAACGCGUCCAGCAGCCACAGUGACGAGCGCUGGUUCGACGGGGCCGGGGGGGAGAGAGGAGGCCCGGGGAUAUCCGGGGGUUGCCUAGGCGACCUGGCUGAACCUGACCCCGACCCCCUCAGUAAGGGCGGCUCCAGUGACAGCGGCAUCGAUGCCCCCACCCUCUACAACACCAAGCCCGGCGGUCGCCACGGAAACCAGUCCAGCCAAUCACAGAAGCCCCUGCACUGUUCAGCAACCUAUAAUAGCGGGCUGCAGGACGUCUCUGGGGUGAGGGGCAACGGAGUCGAGGGGCGGAGACUAGAGUCGUCACCUGUAUUACCUGCCAAUCAGAACAAAGGAUACCGCACGCGUACCUUCCCUCCUCCAGGAUCCAACGUGGAGAAGCCAGACUCAUUUAAACCCAGGGCCUGCUACACACCCCAGGGUUACAAGACCCCUGCAGCAGAGAAAUCACGGCCGGUCCGAGCCGCCACAGUCACGCCUAACUCUGCUCUACUCAGCUCCACCCCUCUGUCCAGCUCCGCCCCCAAGGCCUUAUACAGCAAGAGCAGACUGGGCGCCUGGCAACCAGACGACAACGCCCCCUCCCGUUCAAACACACCCACUACCUACAGCUCUGACAGUAACAGCAGCAGCAAGAAACAGGUGGACGUGAAUUCUAAGAACGUGUUCGGACAGCCCCGUCUUCGAGCAUCGCUAAGGGACCUGCGGUCUCCACGGAGAUCCCACAAGAGCACCGUUGAGGACGACCUGAAGAAACUCAUCAUCAUGGACAACCCUGGAGAGAUGCCACAAAGAGACACGUCUCCUCGACACACUCUUCAGCGCACGUUCUCCGACGAGUCUUUGUGCAGCGGGCGCAGGGAUGCCAGCUAUGCCAACUCUGCCCCCCUGUUUGACCAGGGUACUCCCAGCGACCUGCUGUUUACCUGCACCCUACCCACCCGGCGCCAUGCACACUCUGCCAACCACAUGCCCAACAAGAAGGUCCCUCUGUCUGCAUCGGAGCUGUCUCUGACAGAGGUGAGGGAUAAGGUCCCUCCCCUGAGGAGGCUGGACCCGGGGCUCAUGCCCCUGCCUGACACUGCCUGUGGCCUGGAGUGGGCCAGUCUGGUCAACGCUGCCAAGGCCUACGAGGUGCAAAGGGCAGUGUCGCUCUUCUCGCUCAGUGAGCCUCAAGUUGGGGUUCCAGACAUGCGGCCGAUCAAGAGUCCAAUCCAAUUCCAAACACCUCAGACUCCACGCACUACCCCCACCUUCGGCGGGGAUGAGGUACCCAACGCCCUCUCGGGGCGACUGUACAGCCUAGAGGUGAUGCUGAAGCAGCUCAACACUGACCUGGAGAAGGAGAAGAAGGACAAAGUGCACCUGUUGGCUGAGAUGGCUAACCUGCGGCAGAAUAACCAGCGGCUGCAGGAAGAGAGCCACUCGGCCAGCGAGCAGCUUCGCAAGUUCAGCAUGCUUUUCACCGACACCCCGCAGAGGAAGUGAGCUCACACCGGACACAGGAAGUGACCUCGGAGAGGGCGUGCAAAAGCAUUCGCAAAGAGGACGUGUGACCUAAGCCGGGGGGGGGGUUAGGAUUACCCUGAUUUAUUGGAAACUCAGCCACAGUGCGUUUCAUGCGUGGGGAAAUGAGUGGGGAAUAGAUUUGUCAGUGAGUCUGGUUAGGUAUGUGGAAGACAUGGGCAGUAGAGAAAAAAAACGAGUGCAAGUAAGUUAAGGUGUAACAUUAUGUACAAGAAAAUGUGUAACUUUUAAGCAUAAGAGGGGGAAAGAACCCCCACCCACCCACCCACAUUCUUACGUUCUAUCCUCCACCUGCUGCUUCUGUCACAUUCCAACCACACUAUCUCCCUCCGGGGGUGGGGUGGUAGGGGAGAAGAGGAGCACUUACCCCUCCACCACUCUGACCUGCUUUUGGGGAGAGGGACCUGCCGUUACGCCGCCACCCUCUCUGUGGUGCACCUCCUACCCCCAGAAUCCCUGCCUCGCUCUGGGCUGGACUGACACAGGGGCUACAGAGAACCAAUGGAUCCCCGUUGGCUCAUCUGAAACCGAAUUGCCUAGACAGAAGAGCCUGCAAGUAGACACGCCUAUUUUUUUUUUUUUUACUCCCGCACACCGCACAAGCCAACUCCCUCAGGCUGUGCACCCAGAGGAAAUCCUUCUCUGUCCCUGCUUGUAGGUUUUUAUUUUUUGUAACUGAGGUCUUAUACACUCCUGCGUCAGAGCAGAGCCAAUAAAGAGGAGAGCUUUUAUUGAACUGUAGAACACAAAGAUCGCACGGCGAGGCCUAAUACUGUUCCUGAAGCGAAUCAGCCAAAAAAAAGAAAAGGACUCCAACUCCCAGAAUGCUCUGGGAGACGUGUGUUAUAAAAGAAAUGGUACAGUACUUUUGCCUGUGUGAUUCAACAUAUAGCUUGAACACAUGUCUAUUGUACUGAUAUAACUUACAUAAUGAGGUGUGUAACUCAUGAAGGUGUGUAGGGUACAGCAAAUACUCCCACAAUGCAUUAAUCGCACAAAAUGGAGAGCUCUGGCGGUGUUAUUUUUUACCCUUCGUUGAGUGUGUGAUAGGCUGACACAGGGCAUUUCAGUUACGAGCAAGCUAUAAUAUGACAAGGUACGCCAGUGAUAUGAGACGAGCCUUCUCGUUCAGUUUAUGAAACAGAAUAUAGUGCCAUAAACUCAACGAUAGUAUCUCAAUGUCCAUUUUUGGUUAACAAUCCAUUUGAAAGGUAUUUACAAAUAUCCAAGCAGUAUGUUUUACAAUUUGUAGAAUUAGCAUAUUUCGUGGUUUUUGUUUUGGGUACCAGCUGCGGGUACACACCUGUGUGCAUUUAGAAAAGACUCAUAGUAAUGAUCUUUAAACACUGUAGCCGUGUGUGUGUGUGUGUGUGUGUGUGUGUGUGUGCGUGUGUGUGCGUGUGUGUGCUAGAAUGAAGGGGUAUUAUACAUUAAUUUAGCUAACAGACAGUCUUAGUGUCUGUAGAAUCAAACUCAACAAUUUAUACACAACUGUGAGACCUUUGCUAAAUGACGUAAAACGGAAGUAACUUAGCUUGGGGUGGUGGGUCUGUGUGAAACUUGUGGCCAUUUUGUAAAAAUGUCCAUCUGACAGGAAUACAGUCAAAUAAAUCAACACAAAUACACUAUAUUCUCACUAGCUUGGUUAUAUUCUUUACAGAAAGCAUUUUUCUUACAGCUUUGUGUCUUUGUGUCUGUUGUUUGUUAUGAAUGUGGGAUAAAUGGAGGGGAGCGUGGAGCUGGCAAAACCAACGGUGGGGGUUCCAAUUCUCGUUUGGGCCACAUCCAUUCCCAAAAAUGAUAAAAGGGUCUGUUGAAGGAGCAUAUGACUAUUUUCGUUCCAGUAAACGUAAGCCCCGAGCACAGUUAAGUACCCUUUCAUCACAGGCCCCCCUUUUCAGGAACCUUCUGCCCUGCCUCAACUGGAAUCCUUUCUUACCCUCACUACUCUCAGGACCUUUCAGACACCCCCUUUAAGAACUGUACUAUGUAUUGUUUUGUGUGUGGGCAUGUACCUGAACGGUGUCAACCCUUUUGUGGCUGGAUCAGUGGACAUUCACACGCAUGUGGCACACAAACAUACAAAACACACUACUCAACACUGCCCUCCCCCCACUCUUUCAAAUACAUCUGUACAUUGUUGAGAGACAUUACGUUUAGAUAAGAGCAACAUGUAUACAGACAUCUCUGUCUCCGUUUCUCUUCAUCUCACCAUCUCUGGUAUUUGCUCAUCACUGCCCCAUCCACAGACGCUGUUGUAGUCUGCCUCCCUGUGUCCUGUGAGCUGCCCAUCCUCCUCCAGCCAGUUAAAUCAUCUCGUCUUGGGCGAAACCAAGAGCAACUGAAACAACCCUACACACUCAUGUUAUCACUGAAGCUCAGCAAAUGUGCUGUGAUGUUGUUAUCUUCAAUGUCUUAAUCUUUAUUUUGUUUAUUUGUGUGUGGAGGGGUACGGGUGUUUUGAGGAUUUAGUUUUGAUAUAUUUGAUUUUAAGCAAACUGCAGUUAUACAUGUUGAACAUAGCUCGGUGCAUCGAUGUUGCACGUGCACAAAUCAGAAACGGUAAUACCGAAAUGUUAUGUUAUGUUUUAAUAUUUGUAUAAUUUAUUUUUGGCCACUUUUGCAACCUGAAAAAGACAAAAUAGUGAAAUGAAGAGGGCACCGUGUUUUUUAUUUCUAUGUAUUGCUGUUUGACUUUUAAAUCUUUGUUCAAGGCUGAUUUCUAGGAUGCUGUAUUGUUUUUAUGAUUUAAAUAGUUUUUCUGAGUUGGUGCGUUCUGCAUGAGGCAAUGGGGUAUUCUUUAUGCAUCGACGAAAACUUACGGUUGAACGUUGUUUUUCUGGGGGAUGUUGUAUCAAUGACUGUACAUUUAAAAGUGUAAAUUGUUUUCAUUGUUUUAUAAGAACAUAUAUAAAAAAAAUCUUUCAUAA